GGAGAAUCUCCGAACACCUGAUUGUCUUCGAAUCAUAUGUGUCCGGACUAAAGCUAGUAUAGACUAGUAAACGAAUGGUUAUCGAUCCGGCUUGUUUGGAGGGUAUUAUUCGGUCUGUGCAGCCGGAGCAGUUGAUCACUUUCGCAAGUGAUCAGUUCAGUUAACUACCUCGACCCAUCUGUCUCCCCUGACAGUAUCAUGGGGAGUUCAUGAAUAUGGGCUAGGACACGUCUUGUUCUUUCGAGAAACCCCAGCCGACGAUUCUCUAGUGCAACUGGGACUGCCAUUUCUCUCGAUACUACGCAGACUUGACUUUGUUCUGCUUCUUCAGCGAAGGCAUCCCUCGGCAUCCUAAGGUCUUUUAGAGCAACUGAUUUAACCUCGAGAUAAUUCACCGAGCACUCAGUCAUGUCUGCUCAUGACAUGGAGGAGGCGCUCGAUCCCCCCUUAACCCGCAAACGCUAUCAUGCUGAAGCAGUCGAUUAUCCUCGACGACGCGCGACUGUAGCAUGUCAGAUCUGCCGUUUACGCAAAACAAGAUGCAAUGGCGCACGUCCGAGAUGCCAGCUAUGUAUCGACCUUGAUGCGGAGUGUAUUUAUCGAGAGCCGGGCAUCAAGCUAGAUGCCGGGGACAAGCUAAUCAUUGAGAAACUGGACAGAAUUGAGGGCUUGUUACGUUCGAGGAUGGCUGCUGCGGCCAGUAAUUCACCCCUGUCUUCGACAACAACUGAGACUGUCAAUGAUCCUGCAAGUAACGACGAUUCCGCCGUCAACAUGACAGAGGACACCACAGUGUCAUCCAGAACAUCGGUUGUCGGGCUUGGAUCCUGGGCAAACCCGCCAACGAGCAUCUCAACAAUGCCCAAGCUUCACACGACGCCAGCCUUGAAUCUAUUACAAUGGCCAUUCAUCCGAGAUCUUGUUGCUGCACCUUACGAUCCUCACACCCUACUACAGCUAGAGAUGGCACGUGAGCCACUUCGGAUCCCACACUAUGUUGGACUCGAUCUCUCUAACGCUGUCGCACAUGCUCGGGCUUUUUUUGCGCGGGUUAAUGUCUGGUACGCCUGCGUUAACCCAUAUACCUGGCCUCGUUAUUAUGAUAUAGCUAUCUCAUCUAGCUUUCAAGAGGGAGCUGAAAGCUGUAUCGUUCUUUUGGUCCUUGCGCUAGGGUGUGCAAGUCAAUAUGGAAGCAUAUCAAAUCUUUCACCUGAGGCAGACCCGCCAGGGCUGCCAUAUUUCGUUGCCGCAUGGGGCCUUCUGCCCAACGUUACAAUGCGCAAUUCUGUUCUCGCUGCCCAAUGCAACAUUCUCGCAUCUGCCUAUCUAUUCUACUUGGUAAGGCCAUUGGAGGCCUGGUCGCUACUUUCGAGUGCUAGCUUGAAGCUACAGCUGCUGUUUGGCAAUCCGUCCCGUGUUUCUGCUCAAUGGAGGGAAUUAAGCACCAGACUAUACUGGAAUGCUCUUCUAUACGAAAGCGAUCUACUGGCAGAACUAGACCUUCCACACUCAGGCAUUGUGCACUAUGAGGAGCUUGUUGAUCUUCCAGGUGGCUUCGAACCAGAGGAUGACGAAGAUGAGGAUCAGAGCAGCACACCCCGGGAAAAUCACGUUGUAGAUGCGGCAGUAGGGCACGACGAGCUCUGGUACUUCUUGGCCGAAAUUGCUCUGAGAAGGCUUCUUAACCGUGUCAGUCAUGUCAUUUAUCAAAAGGAUAACUCUCUUACCCUUGCAUCUCUUGGGCCGAUUGCCUCCGAGCUGGAUUUUCAGCUUUCACAGUGGUACGAAGGACUUCCCCAAGCUGUUCGAUUCCCCCUUUCCUCUCUCCAGACUUCGAACUCUAUCCAGACCGUUCUGAGACUUCGGUACUUUGCAUGUCGCACGAUCAUUUAUCGUCCCUACAUUCUGGCGGUACUCCAGCAUGAACAAACAUCCGCAGACCCAAUGGUCAGAGAAUGUUGUCGACGAUGCUUAGACGCGACACUGAACCAGCUUGAUCACAUUAGUCGCCAUCGUGAAGGCCAUCUCCCCUACCUCUGGCAAGGCGCCCUCUCUAUGGUUUCACAGACGUUACUGAUUAUGGGGUCAACCAUGUCUCCGGCGCUUUCAGUACUCCUACCUUCAGCAGCCCGAGUGAAUGCGAUAAUCAGCGGUGUCAUAGAGGAAGUCAAUCGAUAUGCGCACCUUGCUCCAAGCCUCAAGCUCUCGGCAGAAAUUAUACGUGAUGCCGAGAAAAAACGGCAAAUAAGCCUUAGGUCAGUCGCUAAGCAAAUCUAGAUAUAUGGUCUCGAAUCUUAAGUAUUGCUCUUAUCGAUCAAGUAUGAUCCGAUCAGGUUAGCAUGGGCCCUAGGGCGAGAUGCAACAAGACUCCUAUGCCAGCCCGGAGGCAUGUUCCAGGCGAGAACUGCACAACAGGAAACCCUUCUACGGUGCAUUUGAAAUUGUGAUAUGAGACGUAGCAUGACGAUUUGCUGUUUUUUUUGCAUUAUAUGUGAAGUUUGUGACGCCACAGAUCAAUGUAGACUCCGGUACAAGCUGAGAAUAUGACAGAUACAUGAAACAGGGUAUCA